GGAAGCGGAAGUGACGUAAGAUCUAUGUCAGUCGAAGAUUGAACCGUUUAAAUCUGACAACAGAGGAAAUCCGCGCUCUGAAGUGACAAUGAGCAGAUUAGUGGAGGAUACCUACGAGAAACUGGACUCGGAGUUUGAUCAUCACCUCAUCGAUGUGAAACCGUAUGUACUGAACCUGACUCACAAAUCAGAUCGGCAGCGGUGUGCUUUGUGGAUCAAGAAGCUGUGCGACCCCUUGCUGAUUGGUUCUGGAACGACGGGACGGAAGAAUCGAAACAUGUACGCCAAACUGCUUCUGCGCAUGCUGAGAAGAGGACUUCUGGAGGGACCGUUCACUCACAAACCGGAGCCUGGUGCUCUUAAGUCGCUGCCGACGUACAUGUCUAUCUACUUUGAUGAACCUCUUCGUGGGGAAUCUGAGGAGCAGAGUGCGACAGACCUGCCCUCCUGGGUGUCCGGUGAGCUGGGCCUCACUGAUAGUCCCCAGAUCUUCCAGGCUAAGAAGAGGCCUCUCCCUGCCACAUCAUCCCCACGCCUGCACAGGAGAAGACACACGUACGGAGACAAGCUGACAUCCCGGACACAGACCACAGCGACUCCGAUGCACACCAGCAACGAGGAAGAACGCAGAAGUCACGGACAACGAAAUCCGGGGGUGUCGUCUGACGACAGUGACCUUGAAGCACGCCUGAACAGCUGGAAUCUCGGGAUUGAAAAUCCAAGGUAUUUGCGUGAGACCCCAAUACCCCUUUCGCCAAUUUACCUGAAGUCCAGCCUAGGGAAAAAUGGCACCUUUUGUGAUGACACACCCCGGGCUCUCACACAUGAGAGAGAGGCUGACAUGAAGACCAAGAUGCUGGAGGUCUAUCAUGAGGAAGAGAAGCUGAAAAUGCAGCAAAGGCACGACUCGGACGUGCAGAAGAUUUUGGACCGGAAGAAUGGUGAGAUUGAAGAGCUGAAGACCAUGUACAGGAGUAAGCUGAAGGACUCUGAGGAGACAAUUCACAAGUUAGAGAAAAAAGUCCAGAGCCUGGUGCAGGAGUCGCAGGUCAUCCGACAGAGCAAAGAGAAGCAAAUCGCCGAGCUGAAGAAGAUGUCUGAUCAGAGUGUGGAAUCCCUAAGGAACGAAUUAGAGAAAAAGUUGCAUGCGUCAGUGGCCGAGUUAGAGCAGGAGAAGAUCGAGCUGCAAAAGAAGCACACACAGAGCAUCCAGGAGCUUCUGGAAGAUACCAACCAGCGCCUGGCCAAGAUGGAGUCCGAGUACAGUGUGCAGAUGCAGGCCACCGAAAAGGUGGCGAAGGAGCUGGAGGCGCGAGUGAAGCAGCUCUCCGUGGAGGUGGAGCACAGCAACAGUCUACGCCAGAGAGUAGCCCAGGAGAAGGUUGAGCUGGAGAUGCAGAUCGCCGCCAUCAGGUCCGAGUUACAAGAGGCCAAGCGGAGGUGUGCGGCCGUGGUCCGUGAGAUGGAGGAGCUCAGUAAGCGGCACGUGCAAUCGCUGCAGGAGGUGCAGGCCCAGCACGACUCGGCCAUGCGCCAUUGCCAGCAGGAGAAGCUGCUCUCCUCCACCAAGGCAUCCAAAAGCAUGGAGGAGCUGGAGCGGUGUGUCAUUCAGCUGCGGGACAGCGAGCAGGCGCGGCAGAAGCAGCUCCGGGACCAAGAGAACGCAUUUCUGCAGGAGAAGUCGGACUUUCAACAGGCCAGUGAGAAAAAAGUACAGUCACUGAAGUGCGAGAUGGAGAGAGAGGAUGUGGAGGCCCGGAAGAAGAUCUCCAUGCUAGAGGACGCCCUGAGGGAGAAAGAUGAGCAGCUGUUGCAGGUGUGGGAGAGGCAGAAGCAGCAGGCCCUGCAGGCAGAGGAAGCCCUGGAGCAGCUGAAGAGGCAGGCGGAGCUGAGCUCGGAAAAGGCCUAUGUGGACAUGAAGCAGCAGAUGGAGGAGGUUGAGGCUGACCUGAGCCGGUGCAGAGCGCUCCGGGAGAAGCAGGCCAGGGAGUUCGUCUGUCAGCAGGAGGAGCUCAAGCAGAGAUACGACUCGCAGAUCGCAGAGCUGAAGCUGCAACGUGAACAGGAGAGGACGCACCUCUUCCAGCAGCACAACGCCGAGAAGGACAGCCUGGUCCAGGACCACCAGCGGGAGAUCGCCAACCUACAGGAGCGGUCCAAGGCAGCCAUCCUCCAGCAUGAGACGCAGACCCAGGAGUUAAGGAAGCGGGACAGCGAGAAUCUGAUGGCUCUGGAGACUCAGGUGCAGGCCCUGCGUGAGGAGCUGCGGCAGGCUCAUGCACAGAGGAAGCAGCACCUGCUGGAGCUGGGCCUGCAGAGAGAGGAGGAGCGGCAGAGAGCCACCCGCGACAUAGAGGCUGUGCUGAGCCGCCUGCGUGCCGAGGCCGACCGUGCCCGCCUCGACCUGGAGAGAACCCACGCCGCCGAGAAGGAGCUGUCUGCGGAGAAGAACAACAGCAGGCUGAAGCAGAUGGAGAAGGAGUUCAGCCUGAAGCUGUCUAAAUCAGCCCAGGUGAUCACAGACCUACAGACCAGUGUGCAUGCAGCUCGGGAGGAGACUCGACAGCUUCUCCAGGAGGCAGAGCAGCAGCGCCAGGAGGCGGAGUCACGCUGGGAGGCAGAGAGGCAGAUGCUCACCCGCAAUGCAGACAUCAACUGCAAGGUUCUUCAGGAGAAGGUGGAGAACUUGCAGAGGCAGGUUCACGCUGCCGAGAAGCAGUUAAUAAGCAAGGAGCUGGAGAGUCAGCUACAGGUCACUCAGGUUCGGCAGGAUUGUGAGCUCAAGAUUAAGGGGCUGAUGCCAGCGUCGCUGCGACGGGAGCUGGAGGACACCAUCGCCUCACUGCGCUCGCAGGUGGGAUUCCUACAGAAGAGAGCGGCACUGCAGCAGCAGGAGCUGGAAGCGUACCGCAGCAGGAGGUGAGAGCAGGUGACCCAGGCACAUCAGCACCUUCAGAUUGUUUGGACAUGGAGGAACGAAUCCUCCAGAGAUACAGGGAGGGUCAGUCAUGGAGAUCUGGCCCAGGGUAACCCUCGCUGUUCCUGCUGAUGACAUCAUCAUUAUUCUCCAUAUUUAGUCUCCAUAUUUAGUCACGGUGUAAUUUAUGUUUAAAACGUAAUUAAUUUUACUUUACUGUAAUCGUCUUCCACUACUUUGUAUUUGUUGUAUUGUUGUCAUUUGAUACUGAUAUGACCUAUGACCUUUUAUUAAAAAAAUUGUAUAAAAAGUUUCCAUGAAUGCAUUUUUGGCAUUUUAUUAAACUAUUGUAAUAUA